CAGCUACCACGCUCCUUUUUCCCAAUCUACCACCAUAAAAAACGCGACGCCGACGCGAGAACCGACGUUACAGAGCAUUUUAAUUGGGUUGCAAAUUCAAUUAAACAGCCACUGCCACCGUAACCUAUCGCCUCACGCUUACACUCUUUUUUUCUUGUUGUUUUACAGCGUUACUACCAAUUUCCCGUAUCUCUUUGCCCGGCGCAACAUGUCCACGACGCAACGCCUGCUCUAAGACGAACCAACGAAACACAAAGAUGGCGGCCAAAGCAGAUGCCGAUGGCGACGACCAGCGCGGUCUCCUGGCAGCCGGCGAACACGACUACAACACGCCCGACGACAAGAUGCGGUCCCCCUCCCGGGUGCAGUUUGACAUGACGCCGCAAGUCAUGGGCGACACUGUUGGCGCAGGCGAUGGCCCCCUUCCCCGACACUCCGACCAGUACUCGUACAGCGACGACGAUGACGACGACGCACUACACAUGCAAGAUCCGCUGAGUCGGGACUCGCGCCACCGCGUGCCGCUGCUGACGGAUCUCGAGGCGCCGAGCGUCCGAGUUGCCAACGAAUGGGGCGGUGAUGGCGGCGACGAGGAGCUUGCGGCCGAGCUGAGACGGCCCAAGUCGGGCCUCAAGUCGGCCUUUAUGAACAUGGCCAACUCCAUUAUUGGCGCGGGUAUCAUUGGCCAGCCGUAUGCGAUGCGCCAGGCCGGCCUGCUGGCGGGCAUUGCGCUGCUAGUUGGUCUGACGGUCGUGGUCGACUGGACGAUUUGCCUGAUUGUCAUUAAUAGCAAGCUCAGUGGUACUAGUAGCUUCCAGGGCACCGUGGAGCACUGCUUCGGCAGGCCCGGUUUGAUUGCUAUUAGUUUGGCGCAGUGGGUGUUUGCGUUUGGCGGCAUGGUUGCGUUCGGUGUCAUUGUUGGCGAUACGAUCCCGCACGUCCUGGUGGCUGUGUGGUCGGAUCUUGGGAACGUGCCUGUGCUGGGCUUACUUACGGACCGAAGAGUCGUCAUUUUCAUCUUUGUCAUGGGCAUCAGUCUGCCCUUGACGCUGUACCGUGACAUUGCGAAGUUAGCCAAGGCGAGCACCUUUGCGCUGGUUGGCAUGGCGGUGAUUGUGUCGACGGUUUUGAUCCAGGGCUUCUUUGUGCCCAGUGACCACCGGGGCUCGUUCAGCUUACCACUUCUGACGGUAAACACUGGCAUAUUCCAAGCGAUUGGCGUUAUUUCUUUUGCAUUUGUCUGCCACCACAACUCGCUCCUUAUUUACGGAUCUCUCAAGACGCCCACCAUUGACAACUUUUCCCGCGUUACGCACUAUUCGACAGGCGUGUCUAUGCUGGCAUGCUUGGCUAUGGGCCUCGCCGGCUUCAUCACUUUUGGCGACAAGACGCUAGGCAAUGUGCUCAACAACUUCCCUUCUGACAACGUCAUGGUCAACGUGGCCCGUCUGUUCUUCGGGCUCAACAUGCUGACCACGCUUCCCCUGGAGGGCUUUGUCUGCCGCGAAGUCAUGAUGACCUACUGGUGGCCUGACGAGCCGUUCAACCUGCGCCGCCAUGUAAUUAUUAGUGUCGGCCUUGUCGGAAGCAGUUGUCUGCUGAGUCUGAUGACUUGCGAUCUCGGCGCCGUGUUUGAGCUCGUCGGAGCAACCAGCGCCGUGGCCAUGGCAUAUAUCCUGCCUCCCAUGUGCUACAUCAAGCUGGCGACCCCGAGCUGGCGAACCUAUGUCGCAUAUGCCAUUGUUGUCUUUGGUGGUCUGGUCAUGGUCAUCAGCGUGAUCCAAGCCAUUGGGUCGUUAACCAACAGCUCUGGAGAACCGGUCAAGUGCCACUGAAUGGAAAGAGAGAAGGAGAGACAGUCAUACACCGGCGUUUAAUGAUUUUAUGGCAUUCACAACAAAAACACAUAUACACAGAGUGUACGGGCUACACACACGCUUUACAAUGUAAUACUACCACAGCUACUGCAGCUUUCAUAGAAGUUUGAACAAAAUAUCCAUAAUAUACAGGGCCAACACCAUGGCCCAAUCUUUUUAUGC